AAUCUUCGAUUCUCAAAACAAACCCCGAUCCCAAAUCAACUUUUCAAAAGCCCUAAAAUGAAUUCUUCCGUCAACUACCAACACCACGCCUUGUCGGACUCUGACACUGAUUCCGAAAACGGCCUCACUGAAUCAUACUCCGACCACUCAAACUCCAUUUUCAAACCCUAUCUGGAAUCUACAAAUAACAAAUCAUCACUCACUACGGCUUCAUCGCCAGACCUCUUAAAGAUCCAAUCCUUCCUCAAUUCAUCCUCCUCCGGCGCUCUAUCAUGUCUGAUCUGUCUCGAACGCAUCAAACCCGCCGAUCCUAUGUGGCACUGCUCCUCGCUCUGUUUCUCUAUCUUCCAUCUUAUCUGCAUUCAAUCUUGGGCGCGGCAAGCCUCCGAUCUAUCCGCCGCACUCGCAGCCUCACGUCUACCUAUCACCGCUGAGAAAGCAGCGGAAUCUUCCACCUGGAACUGCCCUAAAUGCAGGUCUCAAUACUCAAAAUCACAAAUUCCAAAACACUAUUUCUGCUUCUGUGGAAAAUUAAAGGAUCCGUACAGUGAAGAUCCGUGGAUUUUGCCACAUUCUUGUGGCGAAGUCUGUAACAGACCGUUACAACACAAUUGCGGUCACUUUUGUUUACUGUUGUGUCACCCCGGUCCCUGCCCUUCCUGCCCGAAGUUAAUUAAAUCCUCUUGUUUUUGCGGUAAGGUUCACGAGGUUCGUCGCUGCGGAUUCAAAAAGUUUUCAUGUAACAAAUCAUGUUCAAAACCGCUAGACUGUGGGUCACACGAAUGUUUACAAAUAUGCCACGAUGGCCCUUGUCCGCCUUGCAAGGCACAAGCUGUGUACAGGUGCCAGUGUGGCAGGGUUCAGCAAGAGAGGGAGUGUUGUGAGAGAGAAUUUAGAUGUGAGAAUGAGUGUAAGAGAUUGCUUAGCUGUGGAAAGCAUGUUUGCGAGAAAGGUUGCCAUAAGGGGCAAUGUGGUGAAUGUCCUCUGCAAGGAAAGAGGACAUGUCCUUGUGGGAAGAAAGAGUAUGAUGGAAUGCCAUGUGAUGUUACCACACCGUUGUGUGGGGGCACUUGUGAUAAGACAUUAAGCUGUGGCUUACAUCGGUGUCCCGAAAGAUGCCAUCGCGGCCCAUGUAUUGAGACUUGUAGAAUUGUUGUUGCUAAGUUGUGCCGGUGUAGGAGCUUGAGAAAAGAGGUUCCUUGCUAUCAAGAUUUGGCAUGUGAUAGGAAGUGUCAAAGAAUGAGAGAUUGUGGACGGCAUGCUUGUAAGCGUCGUUGCUGUGAUGGUGACUGUCCACCUUGCUCAGAGAUUUGCAACAAGAGGCUUCGGUGUAGGAACCACAAAUGUCCAUCACCUUGUCAUCGUGGUCCCUGUGCUCCUUGUCCUCUCAUGGUGACUAUUUCAUGUGCCUGUGGGGAGACACACAUUGAGGUUCCCUGUGGCACUGAAAUGGAUCAAAAGCCUCCUAAAUGCCGGAAAUCAUGCCAUAUAACUCCUUUAUGUAGACAUGCAUCAAUUUGCAAGCCUCACAGAUGCCAUUAUGGAGCGUGUCCCAGCUGCCGGCUAAUUUGUGAAGAGGAAUACCCAUGUGGUCAUAAGUGUAAAUUAAGGUGCCAUGGCCCUAGACCUCCUGCUAAUCCAGAAUUCACGUUAAAACCAAAGAAGAAGAAAUCAAAUAAUCCAAGUGAACCGACUCCUGGUUCUCCAUGCCCUCCUUGCCCAGAGCUUGUUUGGAGGUCAUGUGUCGGUGAGCACAUGGGAGCAGAGAGGAUGAUGGUUUGCUCAGAUAGAGCACAAUUUUCCUGCGAAAAUUUGUGUGGAAAUCUUCUUCCUUGUGGUAAUCACUUUUGCACGAAACCUUGCCAUGCUUUGAAGAGCCAAUCUUUGUCAUCAUCUGAAGAGAGAAGCAGCAAAUUUUGUGAAGAUUGUGAUCUUCCUUGCCAGAAGGAGAGGAUGCCUGCUUGUCCACAUCCCUGUCCUCUUCGAUGUCAUCCUGGAGAAUGCCCCACUUGCAAGGUCCUUAUAAAACGGUCUUGUCAUUGUGGUUCAAUGGUGCAUGUUUUUGAGUGCAUAUAUUACAAUACAUUGUCAGAGAAGGAGCAAAUGACUGUUCGCUCAUGUGGUGGUCCCUGCCACAGAAAGUUACCCAACUGUGCACAUCUAUGCCCAGAGAUUUGUCAUCCUGGUCAAUGUCCAUCACCUGAAAAGUGCUGCAAAAAGAUUACUGUUCGUUGUGGGUGUCAAACCUUAAAGAAGGAGUGGCAAUGUCAGGAUGUUCAAGCAGCCUAUCGCAAUACUGGUUGUGAUCCGAAAGAUAUAUCGAAAAAUCAAUUUGGAGUUGGACUACUACCUUGCAAUUCUGGCUGCAAGAGUAAAUUACAAGUUGUCGAUUCUGUGUUACAAUCACGUAAACCACAAGUGUUGGAGGAAAAGGAUCCAUCUACCGAGAAGCAUGUAGGAAAGCGCCGGAGAAGACGUGAUCGCGUUCAAGAAGCAAAGCAAGCCUCAAGAAUUCAGAAAAUUCUCACGUCGGUAAAACGGGUGCUUCUGUUUCUCAUCAUUCUGGUAGCUGUAAUGGCGUCUUCAUAUUACGGUUACAAGGGUCUCUUGAAACUCUCGGAUUGGAUGAAUGAAGUUGAAGCGCAAAGACAAAAAACACACCCCAGGUUUUAAUAUUUUGGAAAAAACCAUGAGUUUAGGACAUUAUAAUACAUAUACUCCAACUAGUAUUUAUCACUACUUUCCAAACAUAGUUUUUCAAGUAGGCAAUAAAAUUUUGUAGCUUUAUUCUCGAAUUUCUCCGAAAAAAUUUUAGUCGUUCAACCUACUAUACAAGAAAGAAACGGAGGGUUUUUUUUACUUUUUCAUUGAAUGCUUUUGGAGAAAGCAAUAUUCUAUUUUAAUGAUCAUUACAAAGUACUAUAGAUACAGAAUCGCCUUGACGUUUUGGAGGCGCUUUUGAGAA